GUGGAUUGUCAGUCGCGACAGAUGCAAAACGGACUUCUUCCUGCUCUGCCACAAACAGAACUAAAACGAUCGCGUUUUUUCCAUUCAAAACCAGAGAGAUCAGAUCGCUCUAUCCAUCCGUCGCGAAGAUCAGGGCUGUCCAUCCGACUUAGCCAUGGAUCUCAACGAUCUCAACAAGGUAUGGGAAAUCAAGGCCCUGAAGAAACCCGGGGAGGACGAGGCCCUGAAGAUCCUGCAGCGGAUAGCCAAACAGGUGCAGCCCAUCAUGAAGAAGCACAGAUGGACGGUCAAGAUCCUCUCCGAGUUCUGCCCUGCCAAUCCUGCCCUGCAGGGGCUAAACGUGAACGGGGGUGCGCAGGUUAAGCUGAGGCUUCGGAAGCAUAACAGAGAGUGGGAAUUCUUCCCGUACGAGCAGGUUCUCGAUACGAUGCUGCACGAGCUCUGCCACAACGUCCAUGGCCCCCACAACGCCCUUUUCUACAAGCUCUGGGACGAUAUCCGAAAGGUUUUUUUUUUUUUUUUAAUAAUUGAAUUUCAAUAGGCGGUAAUAGUCUUC